AAGUGUUCGUAUGAAUAUAUUUUUGUAUUUAUUAAUUUAUGUAUGAAUUUCAUUGGGUUUAGUAUAUUGUGGUGAUUCGGAAAGAAAAGUGGAUGUUGACCCGGCAGAAUUUGAUUGGAGAGGAGGGGAAGUUUACUAAGUUUGUAUAUACAAUUCUCUGUAAGAAAGCUGAUGAGAUUUGAAAACAGUUGGCUGGUCAAGUCAAAUCUGGUGUGUCUGAGGGACUCUUUAGCUGCGGUGGUUUUUGAUCUCUUUUUGUCUUAAUUUUGAAAACAUUUUAUUUUCUUCUCUCAAAUGAGUCUCUAGGAGUUUAUUUUAGGGAAAUUAGCAACACCAUGUCAAAAUAUACAAGUUUUGUUGGGAGUUUCUGUAUGGGUUUCAUGUAAAUCAAUCAGAAAAAAGACAAAGUAGGUGAGAGAUUCAUUCUUUUCCUGAGGGAUUUUAAUCAGUUUCAAGCUGCCCAGUACAGGAAACACCAAUUAUUGAACUGGGUUGUUGUUUGUCUCUCAGGAAACCAAGUUCAGGAGUGUCAGUAUUUCUUUGAGAGACUUCAAUCAGUUUCAAGGUACCCUGUUCAAGAAAGUGUGAUUUCUGAGCUGGGUGGUUGUCGUCUUCAAGAAGUGAAUGAUAGUGGAGGAGGAGAAUCCUCCAACACCCAGUGAGGUUGUGGAGGAAAAUGAAUCCAAUGGAGGAUUCUGUGAUUUCAUCUGUGCUCCAAUCUAUUGGUUCAAAAUGCUUGCCAUGGAACUGCAUUGGAGUUUUGUAUUUGGGGUUGUUGCAGUUUAUGGGAUAAGCCAAGGACUGGGUGGUGCUUUGGCUCGUGUGGGCACAGAGUAUUAUAUGAAGGAUGUUCAGAAGGUUCAACCUUCUGAAGCACAAAUUUAUGGAGGAAUAACUUCUAUUCCUUGGCUUGUCAAGCCUCUUUGGGGUCUUCUCACAGAUGUGCUCCCAAUCGUUGGGUAUCACAGAAGGCCUUAUUUCAUUUUAGCCGGUCUUCUUGGUGUGAUCUCUAUGCUCGUGUUAUCAUUUCACAAAGACCUGCAUCUUGUACUCGCAUUGUUCUCUUUAACAGCAGGAAGUGCUGGGGUAGCAAUAGCAGAUGUCACCAUUGAUGCCUGCGUGGCUCAGAACAGUAAUCUACACCCUUCUCUUGCAGCUGACAUGCAAAGCCUGUGUGCGCUAAGUUCAUCAGUUGGUGCACUAGUGGGAUUCUCUAUUAGUGGUAUUUUUGUCCACCUCAUAGGCCCUACGGGGGUGUUUGGCUUGCUGACUAUCCCGGCUACACUUGUACUUCUAGUUGGAAUUGUUCUUAGUGAACCCCACACGCCUAACUUUGUUUACAGACAGGUAAACCAAAAGUUGCUUGACGCUUGCAAGGCAAUGUGGACAACAUUGAAAUACCCAGAUGUGUGGAGACCAUGUUUGUAUAUGUACUUAUCCCUCGCAUUGAGCUUGAAUAUCCAUGAAGGCUUGUUCUAUUGGUAUACAGACUCUAAGGAAGGUCCAUUAUUCUCUCAGGAGACUGUUGGCUACAUAUUCUCAAUUGGCUCAGUUGGCUCCCUUUUAGGUGCCAUACUCUACCAAUAUACUCUAAAGGACCACCCCUUCCGGGACUUGCUCUUCUGGACUCAGUUGCUUUAUGGUUUAUCAGGAAUGCUGGAUUUGAUACUGGUGCUGCGUCUCAACUUGAAGUCUGGCAUACCAGAUUAUUUCUUCAUUGUCGUUGCUGAAGGUGUAUCUCAAAUGAUAGGACGGCUCAAAUGGAUGCCACUUCUUGUCCUCAGCUCCAAGCUUUGUCCCCCUGGCAUUGAAGGCACAUUCUUCGCCUUGCUUAUGUCAAUUGACAACCUUGGAAUACUCUCAUCCUCAUGGGGAGGUGGCUUUCUACUCCAUAUCUUGAAGGUGACUCGGGUACAAUUUGAUAAUCUGUGGAUGGCGAUUUUGAUCCGAAACAUACUGAGACUUAGCCCACUUGCUCUGCUGUUCUUGGUGCCCCGUACUGAUCCCAACUCUUCCAUUAUUCCCUCCCAAAUCCUCCAGAAUACCAAGCAGGCUGCCCAUGCUUCACACCCUGAGAAUGAGAAUAAAAAUGAGGAUGGCAAUAUUGAAUUGCUUCCUCUUGUUAACAAUGUUGAUAGUAGAUGAUACAGCCUAAACUAUUAGCCAAACAGCCCUCAUUGUCAUGCCCACAUCCACAGAUUAUCAAAUUCGUUGUUAGCCUAAUUUAUGAUUUUUAUCUUUUUUUGUCUCCUGGCAAUUUCUCAUCUGUCCUCCACUAGUUCAAUAUUUUAUUGCAAAAAUUUUGGCUGGUUUUGAACAGGAUUUGAUUAAGUUAAUGCAAAUUAUCUGAGAAUUUUGAAAAUAAUGCAUUUUUAUAAGUUAUAUA